CCCUGUGUCGGCGUUCUAAUCAAAGCGAUAAAACAUUUCCCAUCCAAGAACCGGGCAUAUACGAACAGCUCCAGGAUACGGAGGAGAAGGAGUUUUUUUGUAAUAUGCACACAUGAUCUUCUUCUGGACCUUCAUGUGUCUAAGCCUGGCGUCCGCCGUUGAUGGACCCCAUGGAAGUACGGACAUGCGAAUCUCUACACCCCGCCCCCUAGACCCCUGCGUCACGGACGACGACUGCACCGUGCCCGACGAGAUCUGCUGCCCGUCGUUGAAGCUCUGUGACGUGCCCCUUAUCAGCGGCGCUUGCCGGGAUCCUAUCCCCGCGCCCACGCCGGGUACCCCAGCUCCAACUACGCCGGGCCCCAUCACUCCAGAGAGUUCCGGAGAGCCGGAUUGCCUCGGAGUGGAACGAUAGCUGCGACGAAUCUUUAAAGCUGGUUUUCCUCCACGUGCCCAAGACCGCUGGAGAAAGCGUGGAGGCUGCCCUGAAAAUAAAGAAGAAGCACGAUGUCGCACGGGAAAGGAGGCAAAGCAUGGGAGAAGAAGCUUGGGGUUGUGCGUUCAAGUUUUCGGUCGCUCGCAAUCCUUGGUCACGGUGGGAAAGCUGGUACAGCUUCUGCAAGAGUGGUUAUGGAAAGGAGCGCGUGCUACCGUCGCCGCAUUGGGGGUGCCUAUUGGCCCGCUCGCUGACACUAUCUUCGUGGACUAAGCACAUGGUUGUGCUUCUUCGUGGUCUUGAAGCGCUCCCUCCGGAUAUUAGGGGCAAUCUCGAGAGGAAUGAUGGAGAGUUUUCCAGGCCGUCGUGGUUCGGAUCUCAGUCGGAGUACGUUACGGAUGGUGUUCACCUCGACGUGCUCCUGCCGAACUUUAUUAUAUCAUUUGAGAAUCUCCAAAGCGACUUCGAAUGCAUGGCUACUCUUCUGGGUCUUCCGGCGAAGCUUGGACACAAGAAUCCGAGCGUACUUGUCGAAGGUGGUAUCUAGCCAACUGUAAAGCUCUAGGUAGUUUGAUUGAAACGCUCUCUGUCCUCUUUUUCGUAGUGAUUUUCUUCUCACCUGCAUGAGACACUACGUAUCGCUGCUGAAGCCCCAUCCAUGUAGUCUAGACCGAAAAAACCGAAGGCCACUGAUUGCUGCUUCAUGUAUUUCUGAACAGCUGACUCCAUGAAUAGAAGAAAAUGCGGUACGACGUUGUCCCUCUCAAGUGUCUGCGUGCGCCAACACUUUGCAGAGUGCAUACGCCACCACCAUCGGCCUCACAAGGCAACAACCCCUCUAGUGACUACAUCGUGCAGCUUCCCAUCAACUCCCGUGGAUAUGUUUGAAUCUUCUUGUUCCAAUGCUCCAAUGCUUACAAACCCACGAUGCAGGAACGUCUACCGCCGAGCGAAUUGGAGCUUUUGACCAAGAGGCGCGUGAUCUCAUUGGCGAAUAUAACAGAUUUGAAGUAGAGUUCUAUGGGUACGAGUUCCCGGUGUAGUGGGACAGGUACUAGGCGGAGGCGUGAGCUCGGGAGUGGAGAAGGGCUCAGCCGAUAUCUUGUUGGCUCUGCGCUGUGCGUAGAUAUACGGAGACUAGGCGCCUGGGUAUGGCUAUUCCGGCUCACAUGUCAUGCCCAUAGUCCGACGGUGUGUUGGAAGGGGACAUGUGUUGGUACUCGAUGUGUGUGUGAUGGAUGGCAUGUCACGCAAAUAAGUAGCUAGGUAACACCCGAGAGAGGAGCCCGCUGGCGCUUCUCUCCUGCGACGCGACGUGAUACACGAACCUUCGGGGAAUAUCAUUACCCGGACUACUGUACCUUUAUCUCGUAAAGAGAAAUUAUUCUUGAUACGGAGUAUUGUUUUUCGUUUGCCAUCCGACAAGGUGGAGAGCCUCGAUCGAAGCCAUGUUCAUCGCUCAACAAGAGUCGAACUCGAAGCUACGCAUGAAUGCAUCACGUAGCCGUGACAUGUUUUUUUUUUUUUU